UAGCCUGAGAAAAAUGCCAUCAGAAAAUUGAAAAGGUGUACCAACCAGCAGGAUUGUAAUAUUUACUUGCCCAAUCAAUUGAUUUCCUCGCCGAAAUUGAUGGUGUUGAGGAGGACUCCAAAACUGUACACAAAAUUGGAAACUGAAGGUUGACUUACACUGUGCCAGUUCUCUCCAUCAGCACUUCAGGGUACUCUGGAUCCGGUAUAUUGGAUAUUUCGAAGCCACUGAUCUUAGGAGUCAUAUGACAAUCCAAGAGGAGUUUCCUGGAUUCAAAUCCCUAUGAACCUUGCAUGCCAGUCCAACUGCUGCGGCAACCGCCCUGGAAAGUGCAAAAUCAACAGUAAUUAAUCUGGCGCUGGGGUUAACUGUAGCUAAUAGUAUUGAUUUCAGUGGAAACGUGCCAUCGAUAAACUCGGUCAGUGUUCCAUUUGGCAUGUACUCUUGGACGGUGGACCACCAUCAUAUCACAGCUUUCAACCUUUACAAACUUGCGGUCUGAAGUCAUAAUCUCCGAAUCUCGAAGCUGCUUUCUUGGCAAUAUCCCAGAAGUCUAACUAUGUUGCAGCAAAGCAAAGGAAAUAAGAAAAUCAGAAUGAGAUGACUCCAACGGUCGUCUCCCGGGGUCGCCCCUCGCCGGCGCCUCCCCGGCGCCGUCGGCCAUGCCUGCUGCCUCGCGCUCUCUCGCGCCGGCUGCCUCCGCUCCUUCGCGUCAUCCCGUCACCGCGUUGGCCGUCUCUGCCGCCCCCAGCGCCGUUCCUUCUCUCUGUGCCGUGCCGGUCUCCAAUACCGUGCCCGGCGCUGCUGCUGCCUCGGCUCCUGCUGCUGCGCUGGACGCCGCUCCUCCUUCUUCACUGGACUUCUGGAUCAAAGGGGCGUCGGAUCUGCAGGUGGCGUUCGACUUCCUCACACCACCCUCCCGUCGUGUGGCCUCUGACCUCUUGGUGGGCUCUUAUGAGGAGAUCUUCGGGGACCUCUGCGACGCGGAUUACUCGCAGGCGGAGGCGUUCCAAUCCAUCUGCCUGCAGGACGCCUCGCGUCGGGCGGCUGGUCGCUGCUCUUCGUCGGACUUGGCUCUCUUCUUGCGUGGCCACGCGGAGUUUGUGCUGGAGUGCUCCCUCCCGGGUCCACCGCCGGGCUCCCCGGCCGAGGGCUCAGGACCCUGCUUUCCGCCCCUGAUCCGCGAGGUUGGCCGGAAAUUUGCCAAAGCCACCUUCCUCAGACACCGUCAACCGGUUCAUCCUCUUUCCAGAGAUGCGGCGUUCCUCAUGGUGGUCUCCUUCGGACGGGCUAACUUCCGUUUGGACCUGCGCUCCGUUGAGCUCGCGCUCGAGGCGGUGCUUGGCGCUCGGGGUGGUCUCCUUCAGGUUGUUCGUCUGGCCGAGCGCGUCUUCCGCUUCUCGGUCUGCAGCAAGCAGUCGGUCUGGACAUUCUCAAGGCCAGAUAUUGUUGAGAUCCUAAACCGACAAUGAAAUGUUUCCAAUCCCAAAGAGACCUGGUUCCGUCAACAAUAAGAAACAGCUGAGGAAGAGGCGAUCUGCCGGUAGAGACUGGCUGAAACCUGAGAAGACCGCAUUGAGUGUGCAGUCUUUCAUGGUACUGUUUCGAAGGCAGCGGAAUCUGAUCCAUGGCCUGUCGGUUGCGGACAUGGCAAAGGCGGCUUUUGACCAUUUCUCCUCCCUGUUGGGGGAGUCGGAGGAUCGUCAAUUCUCUCUUGACCUUGAAUUCUUGGAUUCAAGCCGGGCCGACCUGUCUGACCUGGACGCCCCCUUCACGGAGGAGGAGGUAUGGGAGGUGGUUCGACACAUGCCGUCCGGCAAGGCGCCGGGACCUGACGGCUUUACCGCUGAGUUUUUUCAGGCUUGCUGGGCUAUUGUGAAAUCUGAUGUGAUGGCGGCCUUCGACAAGCUUCACUCGUUGUGUGGGCGUGGUUUCCAAGGUUUGAACUAGGCGUUGCUGGUUCUGAUUCCAAAGAAACCAGACGCCGCAACCUUGAAGGAUUAUCGGCCUGUUAGCCUGAUACAUUUCUU